UCAGAGCGGCCAUGUGAUUCUUUAAUCUUAGCCUGGACACACUUAGCCUCUUCAUCUUCAUGGCUCUCCUCUUCUUUAUCUGUUAUUUGAAGGGUUUGAAGAUGAAAUUAUUCCUGGUGUCGCAAGCUCUCUUUAACCACCAUAAUUAUGAGCUGGAGUGUGGGACACAUAUGGCUGUGUAUGAUGAGAAUAUCCUGAAGAACCCUUUUUACCAGGCCCUAGAAAAACACAGACCGGAUCUGUGCAGCAGGGUGGCAGAACUCCAUGGCAUUAUUCUGGUACCGUGUUUUGGAAGUUUACCAGCGGGCUCUUUCACAGCAUCUCAGUUCGACAGAUAUGUGCUUCAUCCUGCCGAACAGGGUUACCAGACGCGGGAUGGAAAGGAAGUGUCUAUAGACAAUAAUCAGGUCCGUCUGGGUGCAGGGUUUCCCAAUCCCACCUCUGUCCCCGUCCUAUUUGAGGAGACGUUCUACAAUGAGAAAGAGCAGGCCUACAGCAUACUGUGCAUCGCACGGCCCUUCGACUCUGACCACAGUCCUGAAGAGCUGAGUACUGUUUCUGCUCCGUACUGUCUGAAGAAUAUCGAGGAUGUGAGGGAUUUCUUGGGCCGCCAUGCUGAAAAACUGGACAAGUUUGUGGCCGCCUUUUGCCACACCUUUAAAGAACAAGAGAGGAAGGGCCUUCGACAUCAAAUAGACUCUGUAAAUACUCUUUACACAAAAUGUCUUCAGUUGCUGUUGAGGGACUCUCGUCUGCAGAUUUUGGCGAGACAGGAGAUACAGAUGACACUACUCAAACAAGCAGUGGAGAUGUACAUCCAUCAUGGCAUCCAUGAUCUACUCUUUAGUUAUGUGGGGACUCUUGAAGCAAGUCGGGAUGCAGCGUUCAACAAAACAACACGGUCCUUACAGGAUCUGCGGCAGAAAGAACUUGGUGUGAAGUCAGAAUUCAGUAUAAAUAUUCCUCGGGCUAAGUGGGAAUUGACUCAACUGAACAGCUGUACGUCUCCCCAGCAGAAACUGCUCUGCAUAAGGAAGGUUAUUUUAACCGUCAUGCAUUCAACCAGACGUCGAGAUACAGCAGUGAGCAUUGAGGCAGUGUGUGCUGAUGAUCUCCUGUUAGUCAUUCUCUAUCUGCUAAUCAAAACAGAAAUUCCUAACUGGAUGGCGAAUCUGAGUUACAUAAAGAACUUCCGCUUCCCUAAGUCCAGUAAGGAUGAGCUGAGUUACUGUCUCACCUCGUUUGAGGCUGCGGUGGAGUACAUCAGCCAGGGAAACCUCACCCAGAGCGCUCUGGGGUCAGGAGAUAGACUGUCCUUCAGACAGAAGGUGGACCUGCUGUCCCAGAAUGCUACACCUAUAGACCGGCUGUUUGAGCACAUUGUGAGAGGAAAUGAGGCCGAGGUGAAGCGUUUGCUGAGCAAUAGUGAGAAUGAGGAGGACGGGAGGAAGUUAUGUCACCCACUCUGUUCCUGUGACACCUGUGACCGCCACAUCUCAGGUAGGUUAAACGACCCGUCCAUAGUGACUCCGUUCUCUCGGGAUGACAGAGGCUAUACUCCUCUACAUGUUGCUGCUGUUUGUGGUCAGUCCCUGCUGAUUGAUUUGCUGGUUUCAAAGGGAGCUGUGGUGAACGCCACCGAUUAUCACGCGCUCACACCGCUGCACCUCUCCUGCCAGAAGGGCUUCCAGGGCGUCACGCUGCUGCUCUUGCAUUAUAAGGCAAACACAGAUGCUCAGGAUAACAAUGGAAACACCCCUUUACACCUGGCCUGCAUGUACGGACACGAAGAUUGUGUGAAGGCACUGCUGUACUUCGACCUGCACUCCUGUCGACUGAACGUUCAGAACGAUAAGGGAGACACACCGCUGCACAUCGCCGCUCGCUGGGGUUACGAGGGCAUCAUGGAGGUGCUCCUGGAGAACGGAGCUUCAACCCUCAUCCACAACAAAGCCAAGGAGACUCCCUUACACUGUGCGCUCAACUCCAAGAUUCUGUCAUUGUUGGAGUGCAGACACAAUGACUCCAGUAAAAGGGAAAGUGGAUUCGAGUCUCCGAGUCGCUCUCCUCAGCCGUCUUACUGCAGCAGUAGACGUUCAUCUAUGUCCAGCGCGUCUUCAUUGAGUGUUGAGGCCACACCGCCGGAGACCGAACGCAUCCGACACAAAGAGGUGGAGAAGUUGUUGAGAGCCGUGGCUGAUGGGGAUGUACAGAUGGUGCGUUAUCUUUUGGAUUGGCUGGAUGAGGAGCCAGAGGAAGAGGAUGUUUCAGUGCCAGUUCAGACAGAGCUGUGUCAUCCUCUGUGUCAGUGUCGCAGCUGUGAACCUGCACAGAAGAAAAGCGCUCAUCUGCAGCCGGAUGGUGUGGGUGUGAACAGCAGAAGUGCUGACGGCUUCAGUCCGCUCCACGUGGCAGCGCUGCACGGACACACAGCUCUGGUGUCUCUCUUCACCCGCCAUGCUGCCAACAUCAACACCCGCAGCAAUCAGAGCGCCACGCCGCUUCACCUGGCCUGCCAGAACAGCCACAUACAGGUGGUGUCUGCUUUGUUGGAGUGUAAUGCCAAACUGAACAAGAAAGAUCAGUAUGGAAACACACCGCUGAUUCUUGCUUGUCUAAAGGGAAAUCUGGAGAUAGCCACCAUUUUGCUGGAGAGCGGUGCACUGGUGAAUCUGGCUAAUAAUCAUGGUAACACUGGUCUGCAUGAGGCGGUGAGGGGGGGACACAUCCAGCUGGUGGAGCUCCUGCUGCACAGAGGGGCUUUAGUGCACCUGCGCAACAAGAGGCAGCGGACGGCCCUCGACUGCGCUCACGAGACCGCCGGAAAGAACACAGAGAUUCAGAGACUCCUGCAGAAAGCCUGUGCUGACGCCCUGGACAUUCAUCCAAUCAAACCACACUCCAGAGGAACAGAGGGCAUUGUGGCACAAUCAACAAUUCAAAGAGUUAAACGGCAAGAGAAUAGCAACAGUGGCAGAAAAGACUUAGAGCAUACGAAACAAAGGAGUCAGAAGAGGACCAACAGAGCAGCGACCACCAUAGGAGUAUUAGACCAGACGGCAGAAGGUCAGAGUGACAGACGCAGACUGGCAAGAGGAGAGACAGUGGACAGCAGCGGCCCGUUCUGCCGCCCGCAGUCACAACACACUCCGAGCAGGAGCCUGACCCGCUGCCACACCAUCAGCCAGGACCUGACCCAGCACUCGCUGCAGGAGCCCAACGGGGCCGACGUGGAGGAGGAAGACACACAGCCCAGAGGAAGUGAUGCAGAGACCGCUGACACCGAAAUGGACAGUAUUGUAUUGUGAUGCACCUGAUGUCAGAUGUCAGUGGUCCUCAAACAACUCAUGCAGCCGGUUUAAUAGACUAAAUAUAAAUCCAUCAUUAGUAAAUCUGUUCCAUCACCUCAUCCUGAGCUUUACUGUAUUUGAGUGUUAAGAGUAUCUAAACUUUAUUGACCUGAAUAUGCAAGAACUGUCACUGUUUUUCAAGGUUAACAUUUCCUCAUGCCUGUGGUUUUUGAGAUGGAAAAAAAAAACUGUUUGAGGUUUUAAGGGUCUGUAUGUGGAAAUCAGAAACCGCUCCACGGCAAGAAGAGGAAGUUGCUUUUAUUAUGCCAAUUAAUGAUGCUCUCAAAUCACAAAAUAUAAAAAGUUAGCAUGUGUCAACACUGGUGGGUGAAAGGCCAAAAUAGCAGUGAAACAAGUGAAUAUGUGGGGUGUGUGAAGAGACUUUGGAAGCGUUUUAAUAAUAUGUUGGUUAAAGGGAGACGUUUACAAUAACCUGUAUAGAGAGAGAAUGUGGAUUUUUUUUUUUCCCUAGCACUUUUAAUUUUCAGAAUGUCACAUUAUAAAAAGGGAUAAUUAAGGAUAAAGUUAUGUAGCAAGAUUUUAGUUUUCCACACAAGUGUGUUUUUUUUUUUUACAUUUACUAAGCAUUACAUUAGCAGAAUACAUUCUUUCUUUUAUGGUAUGAAUCUCCUCUCUAAACAAUAAAUGACACUUUUUUUCCCUCUCUCCUUGUCUUAGCAUAUGGUGAAAAGGUUGCUUUUGUGAAAAAGGACAGUUUUCACAUAUUACUCUCAUAUUAGGAGUAAAUGUGAUGUGUGUAGGGUCAGCAGGAGGCGGUAUUAUGGACCACGGCUCGGUUUAAAUCAUGCACUUUAUUCCAUUGCAAGUUUUCUCUGUGUGUUUGGUUUUAGGAGCUAAGCUCAAGAAACUUGAUUGGUUGCAGUUUACCAAAGGCACAUUUGGAGUGGCGGGUGUAAAUGCAUUUUCUACUGCAGGAGUGUGUGUUAGUGGGGUCCAAAUUAAUGCUGGACAGGAAGUCAUUAAAUAUAUUCACACAAGUUGACCAUGAAGUAAAACAGCUGGUUUGUGAUGUGAUUUGUCUUUGUAUGGGUUGUAAGGGUUCUUUGUGGCAAUUUGGAGAACUAGAGCAAUUAUUUUUGUAAGAUUACAUUUGUGUGUGUCUCUCUCUCUCUCUCUCUGUGUCUCUGUGUGUGUGUGUCUGUCUCUCUGUGUC